AAUAUCUCACCCAACAGAUUAACCAAUGUUCCCUAAAAAAACCCUGAUUGAUUGCACUGCAAUUUCAGCAAAAACCCUAGCACGCUUUUUUCUCCAAUAAACCCCAUUGCUGCUCUUUUUUAUUCACCGCCAGAAUGUGAGUAUACAUGUUAUUUUUCAUGGCUCUGUGCUUGUUUGCUUUUCUCCCAACCUCCUUUCCCUCGCGGGUGUGUGAAAAUUGGGGUUCAAGUGCAAUGACUGACUUGUGCGAAUUCAUGUGUUUGUGCGUAUGGGCCGCAGAUUCUCAAUCCAGUUUAUUUAGAGAUUUGAUGGCUGAAAUUGAUCAGAAUCAUACCCAAGCUGAACAAGGCCAUGAACUUGAGUGUCCACCUGAAAUUGAACAUGAAAUUGAAAAUGAACUUGUACAUGAACUUGAACAUGUACCUGAACAUGAAGAAAACAAACACGAAAUGGAAGAAGGAAUACCAGAGAAUGUCGGUCUUGAAGAAAAGAAUCAUGUCAAUGAAAAAGUUGAUGGAGUUGCUGACAAAUGGCCAGGUUGGCCUGGAGAGAAUGUUUUCAGGAUAUUGGUGCCUGCACAGAAAGUUGGUAGUAUAAUUGGACGCAAAGGAGAAUACAUAAAGAAAACUUGUGAAGAGACUAAAGCUCGGAUUAAAAUUCUUGAUGGUCCUCCAGGAAUGAGAGAAAGAGCUUUGUCUGCUGUCCUACUGAUUAUCCACAAAGUCAGCUCCGUCACAUCUAGAGAUGGCAUACUGCAUCCUUUGAAUCUGGAACCAAACGACAUUUAUAAGAGGAAGAGUGUUUUGCUUCUUAAGCUACUUGUACUGAUGGGGUUGGCAUUUGCAUGCCUUUUGUCGCUUCUGUUGUCUCAUAUGAAGAUAUCAAGCACAUUAACAGGGAAAUUCACCCCUUUCUCGUUGGUAAUGGUAUCUGCCAAAGAAGAGCCUAGUGCUCCUCUUCCGCCUGCUAUAAAUGGUCUUCUCAGGGUGCACGCACGUGUGGUGGAUGGACUGGAAAAUGAUCCUUCUCAUCCUGCGCCAGGUUUAGGAGGGAAGGUUUCAACAAGACUGCUUUUACCAGCUGCUCAAGCAGGAAGUUUGAUUGGGAAACAAGGCACUACUGUCAAAUCCAUUCAAGAGGAGUCUAAUUGCAUUGUUAGGGUUCUUGGGGCAGGUUCUUCUCGCCACUGUGCUUUUACAUUUAUUGAGUUUAUGGAUAUGCAAACACCUAAUUCUCAAGCGGAACGUAUGCCCCCUCCCCAGCCGUGGGGCCCACCACCUCCUCAACCUUUUCCACCGAAUGCACCCACAGGUGGUGGUUAUGGAGCUACUUCAUUCAUGCCUCCACCUAGGCAGUUUGAUGAUUAUUAUCCCCCUCCACCAGAAAAUCAACCUCAUGAAGGGAUAUCUGCCUAUGGAAGAGAAGCCCCAAUGCCUCCUCUGCAUACUUCAUCCAGUCAGGCUGCAGCUUCAUCACUUAUCACUCAGAUCACACAGAAGAUGCAAGUUCCAUUAUCUUAUGCUGAUGCUGUGAUUGGUACACAAGGAGCAAAUAUAAGCUACACUCGGCGGGUUAGUGGUGCUACAAUUACCAUACAAGAAACGAGAGGAGUUCCUGGGGAGAUGACAGUUGAGAUUAGUGGAACUGCUUCUCAAGCUCAAACUGCUCAACAAUUGAUUCAGAAUUUCAUGGCAGAAGCUGCUGCAGCAGCAGGCACAGCUCAAACACAACCAGCUGACCAAAUGUAUAACAACUCUUACGCAGCUCAUGGCUCGGUAUACACGUCCCAGCCAGCUCCAAAUCAGAGUCUUGAUGCUUAUGGCUCCAACUACGGCUAUUGACUUGGUUU